AUGCCCAUCUGCGAACCGUCAAGCGAAAUUUCGCCGCGCUCCAAUUCGCACAACCAGUUUUCGUCAACGCCAUGCCAGGUCCGCGAGCCGUUACCUGGUUACCAGCCCACACAGGACGGUCUACCCGAACGGACGAUGGCCGGCCCGAUUCCCUUCACAUACGCACAAGUGGAAGAAAUGACAAGAAAUUUCGACAUCGAGGGAUUUCUCGGCGAGGGUGGGUUCGGAUCGGUUUUCAAAGGUUACCUUCCCACACGGAGCGGCCGGCGAAUCCCGGUCGCCGUAAAGGUGCUUGACACGUGCGGGCAUCAGGGGGAGCGGGAGUGGUUGACGGAGGUCAGCUUUCUCGGGCUCCUGGAACACCCUAAUCUGGUUUGUCUAAUUGGAUACUGCGCCGAGGAGGAUCAACGGCUGCUAGUGUACGAGUUCCUUCCCCGCGGUUCGCUCGAAUUUUUGCUUUUCGGGGAGGAUGCGCUGGCAAAUCCGCUGACGUGGCACCAACGGUUGAAGAUCGCGUUCGGUGCGGCGGAGGGGUUGGCUUAUCUGCAUGAGGAGGCGGAGCAUCAGGUCAUUUAUCGCGAUUUCAAGACGUCGAAUAUUCUAUUAACGAAUGAGCUUGAAGUGAAGUUAUCGGAUUUCGGGAUGGCGAGGGAAGGGCCCGACGGGGAGAAGACUCAUGUGUCGACGCGAGUGGUGGGCACUGUGGGGUAUGCGGCGCCCGAGUACGUGUUAACGGGGCACCUUACAACGAAGAGUGACGUCUAUGGGUUCGGCGUGGUGCUACUGGAGCUGAUGACGGGAAGGCUGGCGCUGGACAAAGAAAGACCACGCGAGGAGCAGAGCCUGGUCGAGUGGGCCUCGCCCUUUCUCUCGGCGCCCUCCACACUGUACCGCAUAAUGGACCCCGCCCUUCGCGGCCGGUACUCCGCUCGUGGCGCGCAAAUGGUCGCGGCGAUCGUCAAAGAGUGCCUGCAGAAGAAAGCCAAGCGCCGCCCGAAAAUGUCUGAGGUUGUUGCAGCCCUGCGCCCGGUGCUUGAUCUGCAUGACAUGGCUGGUUUUUGCGCUGAAGACAUGCGGGCGGGCUUAGGCGGGCAAGUUUGUCCUUCUAUGGGGGGUAUUGGGAGCAUUGCUAAUAACGCAACCGGGCCACAGCGCUUCCAAAGGAGUGAAAGCGCAGGGACUCUCGACGAGGAAGCCUCGACUGCCCAGUCCCUGCCAGGCAAGUCCCAAGGGGGUGAUUUCCCCAAACGUGGCGGGUAG